GUCUGCUACACUCUUCCUCCACUGAGUCCUAGAUUUUUCAGUUGCUGCUCUUUCAAGAAGUUCCUUCUUGUUGCUUCAUCCCUACAAGGGGUAACUUGAGCCAUCGAAGAAGACAGAGAUAGUACGGUUAUAGACGCCAUGAGACGAAACAAACGUCCCGACCUCAGCGUAACACUUCCUAACCGCAACGUGGCUCUCGCUGUCCCUCUUCCUCUACCUCCUCUUCCGAACUCCACCAACAUCUCCCCCGCCAAAAGCUUAUCCGAGCUAGAGCGCGUGAACCGUAUCGGAAGCGGCAACGGAGGAACGGUCUACAAAGUGAUCCACCGUCCAACUUCACGCCUCUUCGCUCUCAAGGUGAUCUACGGGAACCACGACGAGAAUGUGAGGCGUCAGAUCAGUAGAGAGAUCGAGAUCCUGCGAAGUGUUGACCACCCAAACGUCAUGAAAUGUCACGACAUGUUUGAUCUCAGCGGCGAGGUCCAUCUCUUGCUUGAGUUCAUGGACAAAGGCUCUCUCGAAGGUGCACACGUAUGUCAAGAACCUGAACUCGCUGAUCUCACACGGCAGAUUCUCAGCGGCUUGGCCUACCUUCACGGCCGUAAAAUCGUCCACCGUGACAUCAAACCGUCCAAUCUUCUCAUAAACUCAGCCAAGAACGUCAAGAUUGCUGAUUUUGGAGUGAGUAGGAUCUUGGCGCAGACCAUGGAUCCUUGCAACUCUUCUGUCGGAACCGUCGCUUACAUGAGCCCCGAGAGGAUCGACACAGAUCAGAAUGACGGGCGUUACGACGGUUGCGCCGGAGAUAUAUGGAGUCUUGGUGUUAGCAUCUUGGAGUUCUACUUGGGGAGGUUCCCUUUUGCUGUGAGUAGAGACAGUGACUUGGCGAGUCUACUGUGCGCCAUUGCUAUGUCUCAGCCGCCGGAGGCUCCGGCGACGGCGUCUGAGGAGUUUCGUCACUUCAUCUCUUGUUGCUUACAAAAAGAUCCUCCUAAGAGAUGGUCUGCGCAACAGCUUUUGCAGCAUCCUUUCAUACUCAAAUCAACCGUUCGUCCUCUACCUUCGUCUUCUUCUGCUCCGGCGUCCUAGUUAAUUGCUUUUAAUUCCGUCUUGUGAUAAAUAAAAGAAUGCAUAAAA